AUGACAGCAAAUAGUACUAACGAUAACGAUAACGAACGCUCCCCAGUCGUAGAAUUUGCUACGGAAGUGUUCAGACCGAACGCUCCCUUCGAAAUCCCAGUGACGGAGUUUACACAUGUACGACGAAUUCGAGCUGUGCUGCGAUGCCUCGCAACCCUAUUCUACAGGUUUUAUUAUAUCAACUUCAAAGAUGGAAAAGAUAUUGUGAUGCAAAUGAGUGUAAAGAUUAUGCAUCAAACCAUUGCCUUCAAUUCAUUCUACAACGGUCAUUGGCAAAUCGAAGAAACGUUGUCAUAUCCGUGUCCGAUUGAAAUGGCUAAAACGUAUACUAUAGACUUCGUGCCAACUCGUUUUCAUUCUAUUUUCGUUUACAUAAAUGGUCGAUUUACCUAUGAGUUUCGUGAACGUCAACCAGGCUUCAAAUUCUCGUCGGUUGAAAUCACUGGAGAUGUUGAAAUUCAUUCCGUACACGUUUCAUAG